GGGACCCGAAUAGGUUUCCAGAGACAGGGAAAUAUUGUACUCGAGGGUAACAGAUUUCCGGAAAAUUUAUCACUUUCCUUUCCUGGCAAAUUUGCUGUACUAGCCACAUCAUUUGACUCCAAUUUGCUUUUACUUGAAGCCAGAAAUAAACGUGUCUCUCUUUUCUUCCCAAGCAUAACAUAAAUUGUCUAGCUACACCUACACCUACACCUACUUAUUUUCUCAGACAUACGAGAAAAGAAAAGAACAUCAUAGUAGAGAACAAAUAAAAAAAAUGUGCAACAGCGAUGGCGAGUGCAGGCCCUUGGGGUUUCUAUUGGGUCUCCCCUUUGCCUUUCUCUGCCUCCUCAUCUCAAUCGUUGGUCUUGUUAUUUGGAUCGUUGGAUUGUUGUUGACAUGCAUAUGUCCGUGCUGCUUGUGUGUGACGAUUAUAGUGGAGCUUGCUUUGGAAUUGAUCAAGGCUCCACUGCAUGUUAUGGAGUGGUUCACCUCUCAGAUUCCCUGUUAAGUGAACAAAGUUUUAGAUUUGUUUUUUGAUUCUGUGUUGGUUUCACUUUCCCCCUUUAUCUUCUUUUCUGUAUUUUGGGUAUGAGAGUUUGAAACUCCAUGUUACUACUGAUUUAUUGUUAAUCUGCGUGGUAUCUUGUUCCUGUAAAUUGACCAGUUCGUUCUUGGUA